UAUAUAAGCAUUGGCGGAGCGUCGGUUGUAGCAGUCUGCGCGCCUGCUUCUCCGCUUGUUUCGCUGUCUUUCUAUUCUCGUCGCUGCCGCCGUCGCCGCCAUCAUGAGGGAGAUAGUGCACCUGCAGGCCGGGCAGUGCGGCAACCAAAUCGGCGCCAAGUUCUGGGAGGUGAUCAGCGAUGAGCACGGCAUUGACCCCACGGGCACCUACCACGGGGACAGCGACCUGCAGCUGGAGCGCAUCAACGUGUACUAUAACGAGGCCACCGGCGGCAAGUACGUGCCCCGCGCAGUACUCGUGGAUCUGGAGCCCGGCACCAUGGACUCCGUGCGCUCUGGGCCCUUCGGGCAGAUCUUUCGGCCGGACAACUUCGUUUUCGGUCAGAGUGGUGCUGGGAACAACUGGGCCAAGGGGCACUACACGGAAGGCGCAGAGCUGGUGGACUCCGUGCUGGACGUUGUGCGGAAGGAGGCUGAGAGCUGUGACUGCCUGCAGGGUUUCCAGCUGACCCACUCCUUGGGUGGGGGGACUGGGUCUGGGAUGGGUACCCUCCUUAUCAGCAAGAUCCGGGAGGAGUACCCAGACAGGAUCAUGAACACGUUCAGUGUGGUGCCCUCCCCCAAGGUGUCAGACACGGUGGUGGAGCCCUACAAUGCGACCCUCUCAGUCCACCAGCUUGUAGAGAACACAGACGAGACCUACUGCAUCGAUAACGAAGCUCUCUACGACAUCUGCUUCAGAACCCUCAAGCUGACAACGCCUACCUACGGGGACCUGAACCACCUCGUGUCUGCCACCAUGAGUGGGGUCACCACCUGCCUGCGCUUCCCAGGCCAGCUCAAUGCUGAUCUGCGCAAGCUGGCCGUGAACAUGGUUCCGUUUCCCCGCCUGCACUUCUUCAUGCCUGGCUUUGCCCCGCUGACCAGCCGGGGCAGCCAGCAGUACCGGGCCCUGACAGUGCCCGAGCUCACCCAGCAGAUGUUUGAUGCCAAGAACAUGAUGGCGGCCUGCGACCCCCGCCAUGGCCGCUACCUGACGGUGGCCGCUGUGUUCAGGGGCCGCAUGUCCAUGAAGGAGGUGGAUGAGCAAAUGCUUAAUGUCCAAAAUAAGAAUAGCAGCUACUUUGUUGAGUGGAUCCCCAACAACGUGAAAACGGCUGUCUGUGACAUCCCGCCUCGGGGGCUAAAAAUGUCUGCCACCUUCAUCGGCAACAGCACAGCCAUCCAGGAGCUGUUCAAGCGAAUCUCAGAGCAGUUCACCGCCAUGUUCCGGCGCAAGGCCUUCCUGCACUGGUACACGGGUGAGGGCAUGGACGAGAUGGAGUUCACCGAGGCCGAGAGCAACAUGAAUGAUCUGGUGUCCGAGUACCAGCAGUACCAGGAUGCCACAGCUGAGGAGGAGGGCGAGUUUGAGGAGGAGGCAGAGGAGGAGGUGGCCUAGAGCCUCCAGUCACCAGGAAAGCAGGGAAGCGGUGUGAACUCUUUAUUCACUCCCAGCCUAUCUGGCUUGUCCCGCUGCGUGUGCACCUGCUGUUUUCCCUUUCAUGCGCCAUGCUGUACAGACAACACCAUUAAAGCUGUUUCAUAGUG